AUGAGUAAAACAACUUUUUUGCAUAAAAUCGAUGAUUUUCUUGUACAAAUUUAUAGUUAUUUGAAUUAUGUGAUAUUCGUUGUUUCUAUUAUUGGUAUUAUUCUGAAUGUCUUCCAUUUUCUCGUGCUAUUUCGAAAAUCUAUGAGGCAACUGACAAUUAAUAUAUUCAUGAUCGGAAUUGCAAUUUGUGAUUUUUCCCAGAUGAUUUCAUUUGUUGUAGUUAUGACGUCCCAAUUUUACAUAAAUUACAAAACAACACAAAUUUCGCCUGAAUGUUACCCACCUCAAUCUUAUAUCGAGUACAAAAUAAAUCACAUUUUUACUUUUAUUUCAAACGUGUCUCCAAAGCUUGCAGUAUGGCUGGGAGUUAGUCUGGCGAUUCUUAGAGCAUCAGUUAUCAGACAUCCUACCAAUUCGAGUAUUCAAAACUAUAUAUACUCGAAGCACGGAAUCCGGAUUCUUCUCACCAUCUGCCUACCGUACGCCUGCUACUUUAUCUAUGACUACACAGCUCACUCGACAACCAUCUCAGAAACCUGGGAACUACCUCCAGAGUGUGCCAACACCUCUGAACCUGACACUUAUACGCUUUAUUAUACCGAAUACGAUGAGUCAAGCUUCAGAAUCUCACUUUUUAUUGAUGGAAUCCUGUUCAAGUUGAUACCAUCGAUACUUCUACCAUUGUUCACAAUAGUUCUUUUGUAUGAAAUGAAGAAAACGAGAAAAGUGGCGACAUCUCGAAGUUUUCAAAACUCAAACAGUAAAGAUCGAUCUACGAAGCUGGUAACAUUUGUGACAAUUACAUUUUUACUGUCCACCGUCCCAUUAGGAAUAUUAUACAUUAUAAAAAGUAUUUUUCUUCAAUCACUAGUUAUUUCAAACUUUGCCAACAAACUACAAUCCAUUUUUGUACUCAUAUCAAUUAUCAAUGGAACAUUACAUUUUCUUAUUUGCUUCUUCAUGUCAUCCCAAUAUCGAAACACUGUUAAGAAUGCAGUUGGCUGGAAAUUCAAAAGUGUAGCUCGUGCUUCAGAGUUACAAAAAGAGAGAAAUAUAUAA